AUGGCUAACUUCACAAAGAGAGACGGAAAGUUUGGCAAAAGAUCCAACCCAUAUAUCGACCGUAAAGAGUCAAAAAACCAAGAGAUUAAAAAAUCUUUAGUCCAUCGUGCUAGACUUAGAAAACAGUAUUUCAAAGAACUAAAAAAAGAAGGUGAAGCUAUACCUGAAAAGGAGUUUAAAAAAGAUAGACCGUCAAGAGAAACAGAAUCUAAACCAAGACCUGACUUUAGAGAACGUGCUGAAAUAGCGAAGCAGAGAAAGGAACUUGCUCGUAAAGAAAGAGAAAUGAAGAGACAAGAAUAUAUCAAGAAUGGAGAGAAGAAAAGAGCAGAAAGAGAAAGAAAGAAAGAGCAACUUUCUCAGAAAACUAGAACAGGUCAACCUCUCAUGGGCCCAAGAAUUGCAAAUCUAUUAGAAAAAAUACAGAAUGAUAAAUAG